AUGUCAUUCUAUCAACAACAAGGUUAUAAUCAAUAUCCUUCAUCUGCAUCCCCUGCUGUUUCAUUAAACUCAUACCAACAACAACAACAACCAUCCAAUGGUUCCAACGGGUCCAAUGGUUCCCAAUUAUGGAUGGGUGAAUUAGAUCCAUUUUGGGAUGAAAAUUCAAUUAAAUCAAUUUGGUUAUCUUUAGGUUUUAAUAAUAUUAAUGUUAAAUUAAUUAAGGAAAAAAUUCAACAAGGUUUUAAUAAUGCUGGUUAUUGUUUUAUUGAAUUUCCAAAUAUUGAACAAGCUUCAAAUGCUCUUAAUUCAAAUGGAUUAAAAAUUCCAAAUACAAAUAAAUCAUUAAAAUUAAAUUGGGCAAGUGGUGGUCAAAAUUCAAAUAAUCAUAACAAUAACAAUAACAAUAAUGGUUCAAUAGGUUAUAAUCGUAAUGAAGUUUCUAUCUUUGUUGGUGAUUUAGCUCCAGAUGUUUCUGAUACUAUUCUUUAUGAAUAUUUUGGUUCAAAAUAUCCUUCAGUUUCUGGUACAAAGAUUAUGAUUGAUUCUUUAACUGGUGGUUCAAAAGGUUAUGGUUUUGUUAGAUUUAUAAAUGAAUUAGAACAAAAAAGAGCAUUGGUUGAAAUGCAAGGUGCUAUUUUAAAUGGUCGUCCAAUUAGAGUUUCAACUGCUGUUCCAAAAAAUAGACAACAACAACAAGGUCAACAACAAGGUGGUGGAUUCAAUGGUAAUCAAGGUUUCAAUGGAUCAAGAUUUAAUAAUAAUUUACAACCUUUACAAUCUUCAAUCCCAUCAUCAUCAGGUCCAUCUCAACAAAUCUUAAAUGGUUUAGAAUCUCAAUAUCAACCUCCAUUAACUCAAUUUACAGAUCCAAAUAAUACUACAGUAUUUAUUGGUGGAUUAUCUUCUAUCGUAACAGAAGAUGAAUUAAGAUUAUAUUUCCAACCAUUUGGUGAUAUUACAUAUGUUAAAAUUCCAGUAGGGAAAGGUUGUGGAUUUGUUCAAUAUGUUACAAGAUCUUCUGCAGAAUUAGCAAUUUCUAAGAUGCAAGGUUAUCCAAUUGGUAAUUCAAGAAUUAGAUUAAGUUGGGGUAGAUCAAAUUCUAAUCCAAAACCUCAAGGUUAUAAACAACAACCUGAAUUACCUUUAUUAUAUGGUUAUAAUCCAUCACCACAAUUUCCAAAUCAAUUUAAUCAAACUGUUCAACCACAAGGUUUCCAACAAGUUCCUCAACAAGUUCAACAACAACAACAACAACAACUUCAACAACAAGUUCAACAACCAACAUUUGGAAAUUUUGGAAUUAAUCAAAUUCAAAAUUCAAAUCAAUUUAAUCAAGAUCAAAGUGAACCAAUUUCUUCAGCUGAUCAAUCAAGAUUAAAUGAAUUAUAUUUAGCUGCAAAAGAUGGAAGAUUAGAUACCAUUGAUUCAAAUGCAAAUGGUUAUAUCUUUGCCUAA